UUUUUUGAUUUAUCUGAAUAAUUAAGAAAAGGAAAAACACACAUUCUCUUUACGAUAAUAUAUCCGUGGUUGAUGAGCUAUGUUGGAGUUUUUUUUUUUUGAAGGAUUAAAUUUCAAUCUGAUCCUCGUAGUUUCCUUCCUCAGUGAACAAACAACCCGAAUCAUGAAUAUAUGUAUAUAUAAAGGAGGAAGUGUUUCUCUAUCAUAUUAGUAUUUUCUCUCUUUCUUUUUCUUUUUUUUUUUAUUAUUCUAAUUAUCAUCCACUUUAUUUUCUAUCAAUAUGGUAUUUUCAAGCAAGACGUUUCUUAUGAUUGCUACUCUUUGCAUGAUGAUGGGCACGCAAGCCGAUGUGGUACCUGAAUUACUGAAUGGAGCAGCACCUACGGUUGCCAAUGUCAAGUCAAGUCUUGCACCUCCUAAUGAUCAGCAAUUGUACGACGUUUUCUUUGCCAAAGGAUACCGUAUCUAUCAAUGUAAUCCUGAAAAGAAACGAUUAGAACAUUGGUACAAUGUACAAACACAUGCUCUUCUUUAUCCUGCAAAGGGUAGACAAGCUCCUUUUGAUAUUGAGGGCAAAGCCAUCGGUCAAAUGUUUGCUGCUCCCCUCAAUCAAACUUUACAAAUGGCUGAUCCUGAUCCAGAACAUCAAUAUAUCGCCGCUUAUUAUUAUCCUGAUGGUUCAUGGUUCUCCACUGGUCAUCCUCCCACCAAUACUAUCCAUGAUGAAGAUCGAAAAGAACGUGGCGAUGAAGGCGUGAAUUUGGACGAUCACUUGGCCGAAGCCGCUUGGACAUCUACUGAUGGUUACUUCUCUCAUGUUGAGUAUGCUGUGCGUCUUCAUUCUUUGAAUGGUACUCAUCCUGCUCCCAAUCAAUGCCAAGUCAAAGGUGUCGUUGUUAAUCAACCUUUCACUGCCUUUUACAUGCUUUAUACAGGACCAGAAGGCAUGAAGGCCAUACAAAAUGAAAUUCAUCUUUAA